CAGCGGAUCACCGAUCACAGAAAGAGCCGAAGAUGUCGGCUUGGUCAUGUGAUCAGCUGUGUCCAAUCACAGCUGAUCACAUGUAAGGCACUGAUGAUCAGUGUGCCCUGAUGAUCAGUGUAGCCCCAGCAGCGCCACCUGUCAGUGUCAAUCAGUGCCUUGUGGCAGUGCCCAUCAGUGCCACAUCAAUGCCACAUAUCAGUGCCUACCAGUGCACAUCAAUGACACAUCAGUGCCCAUCUGAGCUGCCUUUCAGUGUCACCCAUCUGUGCCAGUCAGUACCACCUAUCAAUGCCUAUCAGUGCUGCCAGUUAGUACUAGUCAGUGCCGCCUAUCACUGCCAUGUAUCAGUG